CGCUCGACUCCCCCUUCACCCUUCUACCUCGUCCCAAAGAAACCCGUAUUGCCGUGUUGGAGUCAGUCUGACCCAUGUGGGCCCUUCACAAGCUCAAAGCUGGGCAAGAUUUGCAGCCCUACGACUCCGCUUCCUCCUCCCAGUUUACAGCUACCGAGAUCGAGCAGUUUCCAGUGCUAUCAACGCGCAACUUUUGGUGCAUACAGAGGCAUCAAGCCACAGCCCACCACUAUGAUCUACGUAUGCACCUCAAUGGAGGGCUCCUGAGUUGGGCUAUCCCGAAAGGGCUGCUGGGUAUGUCAAAAGACGCGGAGCCCGCCAGACUCGCAAUCCAAACUGAGAUUCAUCCGGUCCGGUAUGCCGUUCACGAGGUGCUCUGGGAUGUAGGACAAUACUUUGUCGACGACAUUCACACGUACGACGCAGACAGUCCCGAGAGUCCUUGGCAAGAUGGAGCGGAUUCGCAAGAACUCGGGUUGUUCGAGGAGCGAAAGCUCGAGAGCGCCAUGAAACGGAUAGGAGACGGCGACGCGAGAAGCUUUCAUUUUUUCCUUCGAGGCGGUAGGAAGGCGACUUUUAUUCUCGUUCGGACGUCGGACGGUGGAUCUCGUCCUAAGCCGAACAAGCCGAGCUGGCUGGUUCGUCUUCCCAAAGAAGUGCAGGGAUAUCCUUGGGAUUCUGAAGGGGAAGACGGUGAUGGGUACGGGCGAAGCGUCAAAAUGGUGGUGGAGGGCGGUCUUCGCGCCAGUUAG